AUCUUUGGCCGUGAAGAGUCGUGACGUCACCACAAACGCCUGCUGUUUUCAAUGCUUGAAUUGCAGACUGAGUGGACGAGGAAAGCGUUAGGAAAGCAACUUUUUUACUGGAAUAACCCCAAAAUAGAUACUCUUGAAGGGCAAAUAUGGCUCAAAUAACUUCCGGGGGAGUUGAACAAGAUUCUCAGUCAACGUUGGAGCACAAUGACAACGGAGAAACCGGCCACACCGGCUUUGGGGGACAGGCCGUGUCGGACUCCAAACAGGAACUGGAUAAAAAGAACGACAUUGGGCUCGGAAUGGACGUUCGUGGCGGUCGCGGUGCUGGAGUGGAAAACAACUCGUUGCUUGACGACGGCAAAGACGAGGGAGACUACGGCAAACUCUCCGAGCCGGGCAAAAGUCCCGCACAGGGGAGUCUGGCGACUAGCACCGAGUCGGCCCAAGAGGGCUCCCGGGUGCUGAAAGCAGAACAAAGGGAGGGAGGCAACGGUACUUCCGAGCCUCCGACAGAGCAUACAAAGGCCGCGGAGAAACACGAGCACGGCGUGAAAAGACGAGCCAGCGUGGAAGUGGCCUCGUCGGACGGGGAGCCGCUCAGUCGGAUGGAUUCUGAGGACAGUAUCAGCAGCACUCUAAUGGACAUGGAGAGCAUAGCAUCAAGUGGCCGUUCCACACCAGCGACGUUCAACAGUCACAGCGGGGCCGUGAUUGGCGGCAACGGCUCCAUUCCGGCGAACGGCAAAUCGUUGAGUUAUACGUGCUGUUGGGAUCACUGCCAAGUGCACUUUUCCUCCAGCCCCGAUUUGGCCGAUCACAUCCGAGCCACCCAUGUUGAUGGACAGAGAGGAGGAGUUUUUGUGUGUCUGUGGAAAGGCUGUAAAGUGUACAACACACCGUCCACCAGUCAGAGCUGGCUACAGAGACACAUGUUGACUCACAGCGGCGACAAACCAUUCAAGUGUGUGGUUGGAGGUUGCAAUGCCACAUUUGCCUCCCAGGGUGGGCUGGCCCGCCAUGUCCCCACUCACUUCAGCUCGCAGAGUUCGUCUAAAGUCUCCAGCCACGGCAAAAUGAAGGAGGAAUCUCCGUCCAAGGCUGGCCUCAACAAGAGGAGGAAGCUCAAGAACAAGCAUAGACGUUCACUCCCCCGUCCACAUGAUUUCUUUGACGCCCAGACCAUGGACGCCAUCCGCCAUCGAGCUAUAUGCCUCAACUUGGCCACACAUAUCGAGAGCCUUGGAAACGGACACAGUGUUGUGUUCCACAGCACGGUAAUAGCAAGGAGGAAAGAAGAAUCUGGCAAAGUGAAAGUCCUUCUGCACUGGACACCUGAAGACAUACUUCCUGACGUUUGGGUGAGUGAGAGUGACCGAUUGCAGCAGAAAACCAAAGUUGUGCACUUGUCCAAGCUGCCGACCGACACGGCUGUUCUCCUGGAUCCCAACAUUUACAGGUGUGUGGCAAAUGAGGAGCAGGAGAAUCACUUUUGUUGUUAACAAAAAUAUAUUGUGUCCCCACUCACAGGAUGUUCUUCUAAGGAUUUCUCCCAGGAAUGAAGUAGAGCUAGAAACAAAGAUUUUCGGAGCGUUUAGAGACUUAUUUUUGUGCUUAGGAGCUUAAUCUCGUAAGAUAUUUAGGGAUGUGUUACUCUUACUAGAUUCAGAACAGUCAAUUUAGACACAUUUGUAGAGUAAAGCAGUUUGUAAAUACUUGAGAUUUGUAAUAUAUUUUUUUACCUUAACUUUGAAAAGUUUCUCAAAACGGACUGUAGCUGUAUGUACCUUCUUUUUAAAAUAUAUUUUUUAAAUAGUUGGUUUUAUCGAGGUCAUUAUCAGGUAUUGUCAGCACCAUGAAAACCAGGAGAUUGCCUUAACCGUCAGUAGUGCUGUACUACUUUUUUACUCAUUUCUACAAAAUGUGAUUUUUAAUCAGAGUGGUUCAAAACAACUGGUCUAUCUGCUGUAUUGUUUCUGUGUAACUUGUGUUAUUUUAGUUAUAUAAAGAUCCCAAAUUGAGACUUCA